AUGAAGCAAUGCGGCCGCCUUCUUGACAAUUGUAGUAGCGAAAGGAACCUGUCAGCCAUGUCCAUCAAGUUCCGUGAAAAGCCACGGGGUGAGUUGGAGCUCAAGUUGGGCGGAACGCAGCUGCUACGCGGGAAAGACAGGCCAGUUCUGCAGAAAGAUGAGCCCAAGAUGGCCUUCUCAGCGGAACCUGUUCGAAACCUGGGCGGCCGCGGGUGUUGGUUCGAAAUCCGCGUGGAUGUCUUUGCCGGCGGGGAGAUGUGUGUGAUGGGUUUGGGCUUCACCGCGACCGACCCAGAAACCCUCGUGAACGAAAACGAGGGCGAGGCGCCCCGUUUACCUGGCUGUGCAGGGCACAUUCCCAACUCUUUCGUCGUCGGCUACGGCCGGUCGCUGUACUGGAAUGGCGAGCGCAUUGAGAUUGAGCCGCUCUUCGCAAAGCUGAAGCCGGCGCAGACCUUCACUGUGGGAGCCUUAGCAAACCUCGACGGCGGCCUGGAGCUCUUCAUUAACCGGCGGCUGGUCUACACUUUCUCGCCUGAGGCGAACGUGAAGCGGCCGAUCGAAGUGGAUGCACCCCUGUGGGCAGUCGUAGACUGCAGUGGUGGUCUGAAGAAGGCGCCCCGCGCUCGCAGGCGCUCGCACGCUCGCGCGCGCGCGCGCUUGGGCGCGCUUGCGCUUCCCUUGUUUGCCUUCCUUGAUCUUCCUUUGGCUCUGGCUCUGCCAUGCUCUGCCAAGGCCUCGCUGAUCCCGGACUCCAUCCUCCCGACUCCCGAGGAGGCGGCUCUCGGCGAGGAGGUACCCAGGAGAGAGUCCUGCUGCCGCAACGUCGAAAAGUUCCCUUUCCAGGAGAAGGCACUCGGAGCCGCCACAGAGGCAGAGGCCAGCGGUGGCCCGCGGUGGCCAGCGGUGAGCGGUCUGUGCCCGCUCGCCUCCUGGAAGCGCUUUAGUCUUCGCGCGCAUGCCAGGACGAGCCUAACCCAGAUGAGACCGGGGCUGCUUGACAUGACCAAAAGCUUGACCGGAUCCUCUUUGGUUGCCUGGAGAGAUACUUUCCCACCAAUCAGCGGACCAAGCAAGCUGACAACUCCGUAUGCAUAUUCUGAAUGGAUCUGCUUCGACAGGCCAGAUUUCGCGCCCCCGUACGCCAUCGACCAGCGUUGGGAGCGCGGUGUCGCCAUGCAGUUGUUUUUUCUAGAUCGUUACAGAGGUGCCCUGCAACGCUUCCAGGACGACGAGCAGAGAUCUCACGUGGGCAGCGCUGUGCCAGUGGCGUCGUCCCUUGGUUUGGUCAGCGUGCCAUCGGACGUCGUGCGCGAAGGGCUUCUUCGGAUCCCUUUUGCACCAAGCAUUGGUCGAGAGCCCAUUUGGACAGAGCCCUUCAGCCCGAACUACCGCAGCAACCACAUUGGCAUGGAAGAGAGGCCGGGGCCUGGCUGGGACUUCACCAACGCAGGUCUGUCUGCUCUUCGACUUCCCACCCAGGCGGCGGAGGGUCACGUGGCGGAAUUUGCGAGGAACUGCGCUCUGCAGUCGAGGACCAGCAUUCGGGCAUACGAAGGCCAGCGGCGAGCACUUCCCCUUCGUGAGUGGUCCGAAGUUCAGAAUGUCUCCCGACACCGGGAGACCAUGCUGCGCGACCUCCAUCAAAAGAGCAACCCGGACACCGUGAAAGCAGUGGACCGGCCUGUACCGCCUGUACCUUUGCGACCCUUCCUGCCUUUCCAGGAAGACGCUCGAGAAGCUCGAUGCUCUUCUCCGAUCCGCGCGAAGUACUGCUCGUUGCAUCCGCGUGAGCAGACGCGGCUCCGGAGGAAUGCAGAACAACGGGGCGUGGAGAUGAUGAGCCAUGUGGAGAACUCUCCGUGGAACUCUGAUCCCAUCCUGCCCGUCCUCAUCAUGACCACCUCUCGGGCAUUUCCUUUGUGUGGGUUUGCUGCUGGCUUUGCCUCGCAGGAAGCAGUGCAUUCUGCAAGUCCCCCGGUCCACACGCUUCAAGUCUUCAGUCGCGCAACCUUGUCCCGGGGCCUGUCAGAGGCUUCGCACCACCAGGACCCAAGCGCAGCAGGGCGCUGCGGGAAAGCACUGGUAGCCUUCCCACACUAUUGCCGCUAUUCGGAACAGUUCUCCAAUGGGCGUGCGGCUCAGCAUCGCGAGUUUGCCGGGACAAGAGAUUUGAAGAGCGGCGUGUCUUUGUCUUGCCGCGGACACGUGAUGAAGUUUCAAGCGUUUGGCGGAGUGAACCAGGCUGUCCUGGGCCUGCAACGGUGCUGUGCGUGCAGCGGCCAACAUGCGGCCACGGACCUUCGGGGGGACGCCACGGAGCUAGCAGCUCGUGCCAAGGAGGAAAGACGAGAGCUUCAGCAGAGGCGUGCAUGCGGCCUUCAGCGGCUGCGAGAGACGCAGCAGCAAUGGCGGCGCGAACAGCGUGGAAGGCAGAAGCAGCGGCAGCAAAGUCCAGAGGCUUCACCGCCGAGCACUGCUCAUGAGGUUUUCAAGCCCGGUCGGAUUCGGCAGUCGCUGGAGAGUGUCGAGUCGGAGGACGAGAGCUCCAGUGAUCAGAGCUCGAAGAGCAGCUUUGGUGAUGGCGAGAACAGUGAUCAGUUCGGGCCCAUCGACAGAUUCGACAGGCCCUCCUUUGCCGAGUCAACGAGUGGCAGUUCCUCCGCGGAAGGUCAUGCAACUUUCACGGAGCAACGGCAGCCAGUGGCCCAAACGUCGAUGCUGAGGCGUAACUCUGUGCAGCGUCAGGGGCUGCUUACUCAGCCGGUUGUGGGCAUCACAGCCAAGGAUGCUGAGGGAGGUGACAUCAGUUUGGAGGAGCUCUUUGAUGCAGGCAGCGAAGAUGCACGUCAGGCAGAGGUGCAUGUGUCGCUUGGGUCCCAGUUUGAGGCUGAUGAUUUGAUGAUAUCUCUUCUCACCAGGAAUGUCUCAGGAAGCGACCAGGAGGGCUUGCAGCGGGCUGCAACCCCCGAUGUCCUUCCCGCUGCGCUGCACGAGGAGUUUGCGGCUUCAACCCGCCGGAAGUGUGAGACCUGGCGUGCUGAGUUUCCUCUGGAGGUGUUGGAUCAGCUUGCUGCAGCCUUCGACUCCUGGCAAGAGGAGGAUGGCUGCCGCAAGAGCAGCGUUCGCAAUCUCUGCCAGGUCCUUCGUUACACGCUGGGCUGGCCUCCGAAGAUCCUGCAGGAGGUGCUGCAGGAUCAAAGCCAGGAAGAGCUGUAUUUCAAGCGGCUCAGCGACCUGCUGGAGCUUAUGCGGGAGGCACUGCAGUUGGCAGAGAUGGAGGAGCCUGAUGUGUUGUGGUCAGACUGGGAUCUGAAUCUGGUCAAGGAGAGCUUCAGGAGGUUUGCAUCGAAGGCCUCCAGCACCAUGCCAGUGGUGAACCUUUUUCAGGCCAUCCACGUCCUCGGCUUCGAGGAGCUCGAGGUCGACUCGCCUGACAGGCAGAGGUGGCUGGCCGGCAUCACCAAAGAAGUUCUAGCCAGAAAGGCAGAGGACUUCCUCGAGUUGGAAGCAGAGGAGGUAGGCCAGGGAGAGGAGGAGCUGGAGGGCUCCGAGCUUGAUGAGCUCAUCGACGAUUCCGGGGCUGCUAAAGAUGAUGGCAAGAGCCGCGCAGCCCUUAGAAGGAAAUUAAAUCGGGACGACAAAGAACUGGAGCAGCUCCAGAAGGAGGUGGCAGCACGCGAGCGUGGUCCUUUGACAGGCUCGGCUCGGCUCUUCAGCUCUGCGAAGCUGGAUCAGCUUGAGCAGAAGUACCAGGAGCUAGAAGAGAGAGCCAAGCGUGGCGAAGACAUCAAGCCUGAGUUUCCUUCUCAGGAAAGAGUUAGCCAGACUGUUCCCGUACCGGAGCCUGGCGAUCCAAAGCUCUGGUGCUUGAAAACAUUCGCGUCAGAAAAAGAUCUCUGCAUCUCGCUCAUGUACAAGUCCUUUGAGGCAAUGUCGCACGGAACCCCUGUUCCAGUCUAUUCGAUUUUCUGCUCGCCACAUCUCAAAAACUUCAUUUACCUUGAAGCUCACAAAGAAGCAGAUAUUCGAGCGUUCACAAAGGGAAUUCGAGGCAUUUCUCAAUACACUGGGCUCUCGCUGGUCCCCACAGACCAAAUGGCUCUGGUUUUCUCAGCCGCGCACAACCACGCACAGAAAACGCAGAUGUUACGUGCUGGAGACUGGGUGCGCAUGAAGCGCGGUCUGUAUAUGGGCGACCUGGCCAUGAUCGAGGAGAUUGAGGAUGAGAAUUUCAUGGUGAAGCUGAAGCCACGAAUAGGUCGAUCUGGUGGGAAAUCAAGCAAAAGGGCUCCUCCGGCCUGGUUCAAUCGAGCAGACCUGGAAGCCAGGCAAGAAGUCAUCGUAAACACUGAGCCACGGCGGACCCAGAAGGGGUACAGACAGUUCUACACUGUCAAUGGGGAAGCCUAUCGAGAUGGAUUCUUGUUCAAGAGCUUCAAGAGAGGAUGGUUUGACUCCGGUGAUCAGGUUCGGCCAUCGGAACAUGAGGUCCAGGACUGGCGCAACGCUCCAGCCAUCUCUGCGAACGUCCGACCGGAACUGGAUCUGCCCAAGGACGAAAAAGUGGAAAGGGAAGCGAUGCCUCCGCCCCCCUUGCCCGCCAAAGUGUUGGCUCCGUCUGGGCCGUCUUUGAGAGAAGGCGACAAGGUCAUUGUAAUCUCGGGUGACGUGAAGAACCUCAUCGGCAUUGUCAUAAAUGCGGUGUCAGGUUCGACCACGGUGCUCAUCAGGGCGCUCAACUUAAAGCUAGACCAAGACAUGUCCAUCUCCACAUUGAGAUUGUGCAAAUAUCUUGAAGUGGGAGAUUAUGUCAACGUGAUCGCGGGAGAGCACAAGGGAGACGCUGGCCACGUGGAGCGAGUUGACUUGGGCCCAAAGCGCGAAUGGGGCCCACAUACAGUAGUUCAAGUUCUCACCAGCGACUUCUCUUCCUUCAGGGCGAGCGUCAACGAUCUGCACAAAGGCAUCGAGAAGCCCGAGACGACGGACCAAAUUGGCGAGUUCCAAGUUGGCCAGCUAGUAAUGGUGGCAGGGCGGUCCGAGGGCCGCGCCAUCAUAACGCGCCUGGAGGCUGGGUCGCGCGCCUUGGUUCUUGGCCAGGAUGGUGUGCAAAGCUACGCAGAUCUGGCAGAGCUGCAGCCAGUAGAACUGCCAAAGAGGCAUCUUUACAAGAGACAGGUUUGGUGCGAGGACCGCGUCAAGCACAGAAUCGUCCCAGGUGCGAUGGUGAAGGCUCCUCGAACACUCAGCGGCAAGGCCACGCCUAUUCAAGCCGAAGUGCUGUGGAUACACCAGAAUACGCUUUUCUUGAAGGCGGUGGAAGGCCUCGUGGGAGAGAAAGCCUACCUUGUCGCGCCCGGCGACAAAUGUGAAUUCGUUUGGAAUGCAGAUGAUCUGCCUUCUAGACGGCCGCAGCAAACUAUGAGAUUGCCUGAGAUGUCUGGUUCAGACGUCCAGCCGAAGCAGAUGACAUAUGGGAUCACGAUGGCUUCAGAAAUGUCGUUUUUGAGGCCGCAGUGGCACAAAAAGCUUGGCCUGGCACAGCCGACGAGCCGCACAAAGGGUACCUUCCUGAACAAGGGCACUGCCGUGCGGAUCACUGGAGGGAAGUACAAAGGCUAUCGAGGAGAGAUCCGCGACCUGCUUGGGGAGAAAGCGAGGAUUUCCUUGCUGGCUCAGACGAAGCUCGUGGAAGUGCCGUUGGAACACAUAAACCACGACACCUUCACCGCGGAAAAAUAUGUCCGAUGGCCAGGCUCACAGCCGAAAACGCCUUGGUCGGAGCCCAUGCCGGCACCUGCAAGAAACGGAGCUUCCAACGGAGAUUUGCUGCCAGGGCAGAUCGCCGAUGUCAGCGACAAUUUACCCACCGAGGAGCAGGCCUGGGAUCCGACGUGGUUAGCAUCGGGCGAAUCCGAGGGCCAACGAACUCCGGGGACCCCACAGACGCCCGUGAACAUCGUGAAUCUCGUGAAUCGUGAUAAUGGUGAAGCUCGUGCUGAUGGCGAUGGUCCUUCGGCUGCUGGCACACCCAUUUCCCCGGGCACGCCGCAGCCACCUUCGGUACACUCAUUGCCCUCGGUGACAUCUUCGCGGAAGCGAGCAGCACGCUUGCCGAAGCACCUGCUCUCCGGAGCUGCUAAUGCCUCCUAG